UUUUCCCUCAAAAAUUUUUGUUUGUUGGCCCACUUUGCCUCUGUUGUACCCCAACAAUCAAACACUACCCAUCUCACACCCUAUGGAUGAAAAGUUUUGCCUGCGCUGCAAAAGCACUAAACCUCUUGACCAUUCCUGACCCACACGUACUGGCUUGACCCUUAAUACCUGCCAGUUGUGCUGCAUCCCUUGAUGUGCAGCCCGGCCAUGCCCGACGUCAAUCUAAUAAUCUCAUCGACUCAACUGCAUCGAUGAGCCGAAAUUAUUGCCGUUUAUGCGUAGUCAUGCGACCGUACUACAACCGUCCCGUCGGAGAAAUAUUGUGUCGCGGCCAUCAACCAACCGUGAUGGCAUCUCGGCGGCUUUUACCAUACAUGCAACCGCCUUUGGCCGCCCAAGUACUAGAACCUUUAUGCUUAAGGGGAUCGGUUCCGGAUCCUCAGCAGCAAAAGACUGACUGCGGUCUCCUCAGGGCGUCAAAAUGAUUGAAAAUAAGGUUUUAUUUCUGGAAGGACUCCUAAUAUUCUUGGCCCAAGCACUCCUUUUCGCGGUUUGCUUCUCUGCACCUACUUCAAACUUGGGUUUUCUUGUGGUAAAGGAGUAUGUCAAUGGGACGAGAACAUCAAUGCCCAUCGUACGUUACCUUGGUCUUUUCGGGACAUGCACUUCCGGUAGAUCCCAGUGGGCUUCAUUAUCCCUUAUUUCUACGCUUUCUCAUACUGACAGGAACACGCUCAGCCCGCACUCUCCUGGUUGUGAUUGCGAUGCUGCAAUUUUUGGCUAUGAUUUCAGUGUGUCGGUUUCCCCAUGUCUCGUCGAGAUUCACUGGGCGUGAUAUCAUAAUCAUAUUCAGGCGCGCACACAAUGAACUCAUCUAGCCAUCGGUCGGAAAUCCUCUCCCUGUCUCGUGCUCUCGUCCUACA